AUGAAUUUUCUCCUGUGCCUGUGUUUACUCCUUGCUGCUCUUUGUGCUGUAACCCAUUGCUGCUCAGAAGACAUUUGCCAUCAAGUCAACAACACUAAUCUGCAAGAUGGAAGAGAAAAUUUAUUAACAUAUAGCUGUGACAAGAAAGGCUCUAACUAUGCAGAUUUUGUAUUUAGAUUUUACAAGCAGGUUUCAUCAAAAGAAGCUGAUAAAAAUGUGUUCUUUUCUCCUAUGAGCAUCUCCACUGCCUUUGCCAUGCUGGCUGUUGGCGCUAAAUCAACGACUCUCUCUCAGAUUUUUGAAGGACUGGGCUUUGAUGACCUGACUGAGACUCGCAUAAAUGAUGUACAUGAAAGUUUUCACAAAAUUUUGUCAGCACUGAACUGUGUUGAUGUUAAUAUCACAUUAAAUAUAGGGAAUGCCCUUUUUACAGCUACUGGGUAUGAACCACAGGAGUCAUUUUUACAAAAUACCAAAAAAUUUUAUGAUGCAGAUGUUUUCUCCAGUGAUUUUCAUAAAUCAGAAGAAGCUACAAAGCAAAUCAAUAAAUAUGUAGAAGAGAAAACCAAGGGGAAAAUUCCUGAAUUAGUUGGUCAUCUUGAUCCAAGUACUGUACUGGUUCUUGUUAACUAUAUUUACUUUAAAGCUGCCUGGGAAAAAUCUUUCGAUCCUUUGCAGACACAUGAGGAUGAUUUUUUUGUGAACCCAAAUGCAUCGGUUAGAGUCAACAUGAUGCAGCAUGAUGGUAUCUCAAACAUUUACUAUGACCGGGAUCUCUCCUGUGUGGUGGUAGAGCUGCCUUACCAGGGCACUGCACGAGCGUUGCUUAUUCUGCCUGAUGAUGGAAAGAUGAAGCAAGUGGAAGAUGCUCUCUCCAAGGAAACGGUUUGUAAAUGGGAUAGCAAACUUGUGACCAGGAGAUUAAAUCUGCAGUUGCCAAAGUUUUCUAUUAGUGGGUCUUACGGUGUUAAAACCCUGUUUGAGCAAAUGGGCAUUACUGAAGUGUUCUCAGGUAAUGCUGAUCUGUCUGGAAUUACUGGCAACCACGAUCUCCACGUUUCAGAAGCAAUUCACAAGGCCUUGCUGGAAGUUGAUGAGGCUGGAACUGAAGCUGCAGGAGCCACUGCCAUAAUCUUUACCAGAGUUUCAUUUACUUCUCGUACCAUCAAAUUCAACAGGCCCUUCCUUAUUUUGAUCUCUGACAAACAAACUGGCACCACACUUUUCAUGGGGAAAAUUGUUGAUCCUACUAAGGAAUAA